AUGCCGCUGCUCCCGCUCCUGGCCCUGCUGCUGGCCCCGGCGCCCGGGGCCCCGGCUCCCAAGCUGAGGCGGCAGAGCGACGCCUGGGGCCCCUGGGGUGACUGGAGCCCCUGCAGCCGGACCUGCGGAGGGGGCAUCAGCUUCAGCGAGCGCUCCUGCCACUGGCAGAGGAGAGACGGGGGCUCCAGCUGCGUGGGCCCCACUCGCAGACACCGCCUUUGCCACAUCGAGAGCUGCCCCCCAGGUGCCCGCGACUUCCGGGCGGAGCAGUGCAGGGAGUUCGACGGCCAGGACUUCCAGGGCCGCCGGCCCCGGUGGCUGCCCUACUACGCGGCCCCGAACAAGUGUGAGCUGGCCUGCAUCCCCAAGGGGGAGAGCUUUUACUACACCCUCCGGGAGGCCGUGGUGGACGGGACGCCCUGCGAGCCUGGCCGACCGGACGUCUGUGUGGAUGGCGUCUGCCGGGCUGUGGGCUGCGACCACAAGCUCGACUCGACCGCGCAGGAGGACAAGUGCCUGCAGUGCGGGGGCGACGGCACGGCCUGCUACCCGGUCAGCGGCACCUUCGACGUCAGUGACCUCCGCAGAGGCUACAACCAGAUCCUCAUCGUCCCCCCGGGGGCCACCAGCAUCCGCAUCGAGGAGGCGGCCGCCAGCAGGAACGUGCUGGCGGUGAAGAGCGUCCGGGGCGAGUACUACCUCAACGGGCACUGGACCGUGGAGGCCGCGGGCGCCCUGCCCGCGGCCAGCACCCUCCUGCACUACGAGCGGGGCGCCGAGGGGGACCGGGCGCCCGAGCGGCUCCUCGCCCGCGGCCCCACCUCCGAGCCCCUGGUCAUCGAGCUCAUCAGCCAGGAGCCCAGCCCGGGCGUGCGCUACGAGUACCACCUGCCCCUGGGCGCCCCCCGGCCCGGCUCCCGCUGGAGCCACGGCUCCUGGAGCGACUGCAGCGCUGAGUGCGGCGGAGGCCACCAGACCCGCCCCGUGUUCUGCACCAUCGACAACGAGGUCUACCCCGACCACCUGUGCCAGCACCAGCCCCGGCCGGCCGGCCGCCGCCCCUGCAGCCCGCACGCCUGCCCGCGGACCCAGCGCUGGAAGACGGGGCCCUGGACUCCCUGCUCGGCCUCCUGCGGAGGCGGCUCCCAGUCCCGCUCCGUCUACUGUGUCUGGCCCGACGGGGCUGGCGGCCAGGAGGCCGUGGAGGAGGCCCAGUGCGCGGGCCUGCCCGGGAAGCCCGCCGCCACCCAGGCCUGCCGCCUGCAGCGCUGCGCGGCCUGGCGGGCAGGGCCCUGGGGAGAGUGUUCCGUCAGCUGCGGCUCGGGGACCCGCAGGAGGAGCGUCACCUGCCGGGCCGAGGAGGGCUCCCUGCUGCCCGCCGCGGCCUGCUCCCCGGAGGCCCAGCCGCCCCUCACCGAGCCCUGUGUGCGCGGCGACUGCCCCCGCCGCGGGGACCAGGCCUGGCACGUCGGCGCCUGGAGUCCGUGCUCCCAGAGCUGCGGCUGGGGCACGCGGAGACGGCAGGUGGCGUGCGCCCUUGGGCCACCCGGCCACUGCGAGAGCCUGCGGCUGCGGAGGCCUGCGGAGGAGGAGCCCUGCAGCCCGCAGCCCUGCCCGCCGCCUCCGGAUUCCAGAGACCAGUGGUGGGCACCCUGGGAGCAGCCCUCAGCUCCGGGUAACCCCAGAGGAGAGCAGGGCCCCCCCCUGCCAGCCCCCACCCCAGCCUCCGCGCUGCAGCAGCCCCUGUGGGCUGCCUCGGGGCCCCAGGACUGCAGGCUCGGCCCCCACGGCUGCUGCCCCGACGGCCACUCGGCCUCUCUCGGGCCACAGUGGCAAGGCUGCCCCGGGGCCUCUUGUCAGCAGGGCAGGUACGGGUGCUGCCCUGACGGGGUGUCUGUGGCUGAGGGGCCCCACCACGCCGGCUGUGGCACGUCUCACGGCGGUGACAGGCAGUCGGGGUCCAGAGCAGUGGCCCCCACGGUGCCCCGGGCCCAGCAGCCCCAGGCCCAGCAGAGCGAGCCCACGGAGUGCCGCGGCUCCCAGUUUGGCUGUUGCUAUGACAACGUGGCCUCUGCAGCAGGCCCUUUUGGGGAAGGCUGUGUGGGCCGGCCCAGCUACGCCUACCCCGUGGGGUGCCUGCUGCCCAGCGCCCUGGGCUCCUGCACAGACUGGGCCCCUCGCUGGUACUUCAUCGCCUCCGUGGGCCGGUGUAACCGCUUCUGGUACGGCGGCUGCCACGGCAACGCCAACAACUUCGCCUCGGAGGAGGAGUGCAUGAGCAGCUGCCGGGGGGCUCAGCAGGCACCCCGCCAGCCCGAGCUGGGGGCCGCGGGCCAGAGCGCCCACAGCAGCCCCGGAGGCCAGCGGGAGGCCGGCCAGCACAGGCCCGGGGCCGCGCACCAGCCCCCGGCCGCAGGGGAACGGCCCUGGGGCCCGGAGCUGGGCUCCAGCACCCCAGGACUGGGCGGAGAUGCGGGGCGGCCAGCACCACCCUCCCACAGCUCCUCUCACAGGGGGAGCCAGGCCGGCGUGGAGCCCUCGCUGGUGCAGGCGGCCCUGGGGCAGGCGGUGCGGCUCUCCUGCCCGGAUGCGGCCUCCACGGGCCUCCCUGCCAGGUGGCAGAAGGACGGGCAGCCCCUCUCCUCGGACAGACACAGGCUGCAGCCGGACGGCUCCCUGGUGGUCGGCCCCCUGCGGGCGGAGGACGCGGGCACCUACAGCUGCGGCGCCAGGCCGGGCCGGGCCUCCCCGCAGAUCCAGCUGCGCAUCACAGGGGGUGACGUCCCCGCCCAGGGCCACCGUGCUCAGGACUCAGGCCCAGGGCGGGACGCUGGAGGCCUGGGGGCCAUCUCCUCUCUGCACCCACGGCCCUCCACCAGGCUGCGCCUGGACCAGAGCCAGCCUGGGGUGGUGGACGCCCAUCCCGGCCAGCGGGUCCGGUUGACCUGUCGCACUGAGGGCUUCCCACCCCCAACCAUCGAGUGGCAGAGGGAUGGGCAGACCCUCUCUUCUCCCAGACACCAGCAGCAGCCCGAUGGGUCUCUGGUCAUCAGCCACGUGGCUGUGGAAGACGGUGGCUUCUACGCCUGUGUCGCCUUCAACGGGCAGGACCGAGAGCAGCGAUGGGUGCAGCUCAGAGUUCAGGGGGAGCUGACAAUCACAGGGCUGCCCUCCACGGUGACGGUGCCGGAAGGUGACACGGCCAGGCUGCAGUGUGUGGUGGCAGGAGAAAGUGUGAACAUCAGAUGGUCCCGGAACGGGCUGCCGAUACAGGCCGAUGGCCACCGUGUCCACCAGUCUCCAGAUGGCACUUUGCUGAUCCACAACCUGCGGGCCGGGGACCAGGGCUCCUACACGUGCAGCACCUACCGUGGCAGCCAGGCAGUGAGCCGCAGCACCGAGGUGAAGGUGGUCCCGCCAGCACUGUCCGCCCAGCCGAGGGACCCGGGCAGGGACUGCAUGGAUCAGCCGGAGCUGGCCAACUGUGAGCUCAUCCUGCAGGCCCAGCUCUGUGGCAAUGAGUAUUACUCCAGCUUCUGCUGUGCCAGCUGUGCCCGUUCCCGGCCGCAUGCUCAGCCGGUCUGGCUGCAGGGAUGA